AGUUAACCAUCGACGAGGAAAGGUCGUCUAACGGGGUAGAAAUUCAAAGUCGAGAUUUAAAACCAUUUUUUAAAGUGACUGACCGUUGGCGGCCAUUUUGUUUUUUGCUAUCGCACAUCGAAAGUUCGAGAGUUUGGUGAGCGGCGGUCGGCGGAAAAUCAUUCGCGAGUCAACCGUCAGAAGGGAAGGUUCGGCAGAGUCACGGAGAUGAUUUUCGAAGGCUUUCGGAGACUCGAAGUUUGAAAAUCAGUCGCGGGUCAACCGCCGUCAAGGAAGGUUCGGCGUCGCGGAGGUCAGAGUGCAGCAGGACUAAUUUUCGAAGGCUUGGAGGUUUGAGAGUUCGAGAUACGUGCGGCGGCCGCCGGAAAAUCAGUCGCGAGUCAACCGUCAAAGGGGAAGGUUCGACAGAGUCGCGAAGUCGUUGAGGGCCGAGUGCAAUGGAACUGAUUCUGAAGGCCUGCAGAAGCUCGACGUUCGAGAGAGUCACAGAGUGUCGUGUACAAUGCUUUUUAGAAAAUCUUCGGACGCCAUUUUUUUGUUCGCACAUCGAAAGGUCGAGAUAUGUUUGGCGGCCGCCGGAAAAUCAGUCGCGAGUGAACGGUCAGAUGGGAAGGUUCGGCAAAGUCUCGGAAAGUCGUGUGCGAAACGUAUAUUCUAGAAUUUUCGGAGGCCAUUUUUAUUUUCUCAUAUCGAAAGUUCGCGAUACCUACGUACGGCGGCCGCAAAAAAAUCAGUCGCGAGUGAGCAGUCGGAGAGGAAGGAUCAACAAAGUCGUGAAGUCGCGAAGGGCCGUGUGCGGGACUGAUUUUUGUAGGAUUUCUGUCACUCCAAAUUCUAGAGGUAAGAGCGUGGCGAGUGCCUGAAAAUCAUUCGCGGGUCAACCGUCGGAAAAGGUUUCGGCGUCGCGGAGGGCCGAGUGCGGUACGUAGUUUCGAAAUCUUUCGGAGGCCAUUUUUGUUUUCAUCAAACUAUGACGUUUUCAUACAAUACUUCGAUGUUUUACUUUUUCUUUAUGAAUAUUUUUCGCGGAAGGCCGAGUGCGAGACUACUUUUCGAAAAUUUUUGGAGGCCAUAUUUUUUUCUCAUAUCGAAAGUUCGAGCGGUAGGUACGGCGCGGGGCGCCUGCUUAAAAAUCAUUCCUGAGUUAAGCGUCGUAGGGGAAGGUUCGACGAAGUCGCGGUGGCGAGGCAGAGUGCGGGACUUAUUUUAAUAUUUCGGAAGCCAUUUAUAUUUUUCGCGCAUUGGGAGUUUGGGAAGGUAGGUGGCGAUCAACUAGAGGAGUCAUUCGCGAGUUAACCGUCGGAAGAAUCGUUCGGCAAACAGCGAGACUUAUGUUCGGACGCUCGCGGGGGCUCAUUCGCGUCUUGGCCGCUGGACAGAGAACAUCGAAGAAGGAAUUUCAUCUCUGAUAAAAAAUCGUUUAAAUAUUUUUCUUUGUCGUCCGCCAUUUAUUUUAACCCGCGUAUCGCGAUGUGCUACGACCGAGCCAAGCAAUACCUGUUGCGGAAAAUCAUCCGAAAGUCGACCGUUACAAAGAAGGAUGAUCGAAGCACCGGAGCAGCGUCCGGAAGUUUGAAUGUACUUCAUCAAAAAAGUGAUAGAGUGUGGUUAAAAACAAUGUUCGGAUGAGAAUAAUUGUUUGUACGCGUCCCGAUGGAAGUAAAAACGACGAGGAAUAGCUGCGAAUCAAUGGUUGUUGUGCUGCUUGCUUUCGUUUGAAAUCGCGCUCGGCCUUCUUUUGAUUAGAGUCCCGUGCAUGCUGCCGCUGCUCUCGCUGUGAAAUCAUGUGGAACCGAAAAGUGUGUAUUAGGGUAAUCGAGCUGCUUCUGUGUAUCGCGUGCGUCGUCGCUUUGAGGGUGACGGACGAUGAAAGCAGAAGAGUCUUCCAUUACCUGCGUAAUAGAAGUCUUGAGUGGUCUCUUUUAAACAAUGUUACCUGGGGUUCAAUUGGUGCCGCUCUUGCGACAGCGACUUGUGGAGGCUACAUCAUCGUAACCGCAGGUCUGCUCAUCGCAGCCGCCAGUGGGGAGCUCAGGGGCCGAGUGACGGAACGGUGCCUGUUGGGUCUGGGCGUGAUCCUGUUCGGUAUAGUGGGGGCACUCUCGAUGGCCUCGAUCGACAGUGUACCCAAUGAUCUGAUCGACAACGCCGCGGUCCUGGGCACGCUGUGUCUCGUCACAGCCAUGGUCUUUAUCGCGGACAUGCUCAUGAGCCCCGUUGUCGGCAAGAAGAAGCACGACGGAACCCAGACGAUCUCCAGCAAAGAACAAGCCAAGCAAUACGUGACGACGACAACGAUGACGAUAAACGAGAAGGAGCCCAACAAGAAAGUGUCGACCUGGCGAUCGCCGACGCCCGAGAUGACGGAGAAGCGCAACAGCAUGAACGACUCGGUAGUCGAGGAUGAUGAUCGCGACGACAGGGAGCACAGGCUCGAGAGAGCUGAACGACAGAUGCGCGAGUACGCGCAGAAUAUCGAGAACGGAAGGGGUGCGCGAGGGAAACCGAUGAGAGAUCGCGACGAUAUGCCGAGGAAAAUAAACGGCUACUAUCGAAACGACGACGUGUACCAGAGGCCGGUUGACGAAGUGGACGACGCUCCGCCUUUCCCGACGAAUGGAGACACGCCGGUUUUCGCCAAGGUCAUGAAUCCUGGCGUCAAGAUUAUGCGAGUCGAUCGCGAUGACGAGCGGGGAUACGAUAAUUACAGGUAUUCCGAUUCAAGUCAGUAUGACAACGUUCCGACGCGAAUGCGCGGCUCUUCCCCAGGAAUCUUAAAGAGGCAGCGCGACGUGUCCUUCUCCGAUCCGCGUCGUUCGCGCGGCUAUCGGCCUCAGGAGAUGGACGAGGAUCACCCAGGACAGCAGCGCCGGCAGCAUCGAGGCACACGGGACGAGAUCGAGAUGUUGGAGGAGUCUUUCGACGCGCUGAGAACGUCGACGAUGACUACAACUACAACGAGCGCGGCUACGCAAACUACCGGCGCUGAUAGGAAGACCAGUACGGCGACGAUAAUGGUUGGAGCUCCGGUCACUCCCAACGAUCCCGGAUAUGUCAGACACAUGUCCAGCAACUGGCCGCAGAACCUCAAGCCUAAAACUCCUUGAACGAAUCUUGCAUUUUACGCCACGACUUAAUGAGACGAUAAUUUUGGAAUCUGGGAUUGGGCUGUGAUGAACUGGUUCAUUUCAGAUUUCAUAAUUAUCUAGAGAAAUUAUUUCAAACCAAAUAUUUAAGCACAUGCUUGAACUUGGAUUCAAGUGAACUAUGUGUACGAUUCUAUGAACGUUUAUUUAUAGAAUUCACGGACUGCCAAAUCUAAUUAUCUAAUAUUAAUGUAUUUUCAAAAUUUGCGGUAUUUCUAUAUUAUUCCGAUCAGCAUCAAAGCAACGUCCACGUUAUUUACUUAUAUUUUUUGUAUAACUGUGUACAAUUUUGACUUAAUUAACAAUGUUGUGUAUUCAUAUUAAAAUUCUUCGAUCGCAUAUUUCUGAAUUACUGUUGUGCGAGACAAAGAAUAGUUAUGUAUACUUGCUCUACUUUUUAUAACUCUUACUCUUUUAUAUAAUGGCUUAACGUCUACUGUUAUAUACCUCUCAUGCUUAGAAUGAAAGUCGGUUGGCUUAUGACCUCGAAAAAUCUUGUUCUGCACAUGCUGAAGAAACAUUUCUUCAUUUUAAGUAACUAAAAUUAUGCUCAAAGUGAGUGCGUAAAUUUUAAGUUCCAAAAAGUUAGUCUUUGAUACUUGUUUUUAUUUUUGUAUUAUUAUUGUUUGGUUGUUCUGUGAUUGCAUCACAAAAAAAAUAUUUUUAUGCAUAAAAGUUGUGUAAAAUAUAGUAUGUAUAAAAUACAGUAAUAUUGUAUUCUUCGUUAUCUGCAUAUGAGUGAAUAAGUACUGAAUGUUGCAACAAAAGAAACUAUAGACUGUAUAUUUUUUAUCAACCAAUGUCAAUCAAUUUCUGGAUAAAAAUAUGUAUAGUUCUUUUUAAAUAUCUUAGAAUUAACGUGUAUUGUUGUGUUUUACUUAACCCAUUCAACCAGAAAGAAUGUAUUCUGUCGUUGAAUGACGCUGCGUUAUUUAGGCACAUACGUUAAGAAUAAAGAAGGUUCGACAUAAUGAAAACAGCAACAUUUUAAAAUAUCAAUUUUUUUAAUACAAACUUUCAACGUCGAUUCGCCGCCUCCUCCUCGCAUCACUACACUUAUAUGCGCAUGUAAUACAGUGUUAAUAAUCAGAAAUAACAAUCGCAAAACGGUUAGUUUUGUUCAUUAAUAAGACAAUUAAAUCGAUAUGAUUAGUGUAACUUCUCUCAUGUUUCCAUGUAAAUUGUACCAUAAUAAAAUGAAACAAUAGUGUACAAUCA